CUCACGGUCCCAUCCCAUCCUUGGUUUUGUAGUUAUUGUUCCGUGUUCGUUAUUUUCUCCUUUCUCAAAUUUCAUUUUCUCUUCUGUACUAGAAAUUUUAGAGAGAGAAAAAUUUAAGGGCAAAGUUAUGGAUGAAAACCACGUAGCUUUCGAUUCGAUCCCCAUGGAGGACCAAGAGAUCGCCAUUAAUGCUCAGACCAACAACCACAUCAGCAGCAGCAGCAGCACCACCACUACCCGCAGUGACCAUGGCUGGGAAAAGGUCGUUCCCAGGCGCCAGAGGAAGACCAAACCCUCUGCCGCUUCCGAUUCGCAUGCGACUAACUCCAACAAGCUCGCCGUCUCCAAUGGUUCCAUUCCCGGUGCCGAUAACGUGUUCCGGUCACUGGAGAAGAAUUCAGAGGACCGGCGCCGGAGAAUUCUCGAAGCUCAGAUGUUGGCCAAUGUCGCCGAUGUUACUGCUCCUGUUAGAUCGAAGACCCACUCUGAUGAUGCGGAUGCGUACGACAGUGAUGAGGACGACUCGGCGGAGAAUGCAAAGGUCGAAGAGUCGAAGAAAGUGGUGAAGCCAAAGAAGCCCAAGAAACCUAAGGUUACGGUGGCUGAAGCUGCGGCCAAGAUUGAUCCGGACCAGCUCUCGGCUUUUCUUGUGGAAAUAUCGGCAUCAUAUGAGUCGCAACAGGAUAUUAAGCUGAUUCGGUUCGCUGAUUAUUUUGGGCGCGCAUUCUCGAGUGUGAGUUCGGCGCAGUUUCCAUGGGUGAAAUUGUUCAGGGAGUCAACGGUGGCUAAGAUUGCCGAUAUCCCUCUUAAUCAUAUUUCUGAUGUUGUUUAUAAGACAUCAGUUGACUUCAUCAACCAGCACUCCCUGGAGGCACUUGGAUCUUUUGUACUGUGGUCUUUAGAUAGCCUUCUUGCUGACUUUGCAAGUCAGCAAGCUGGUGCAAAAGGCUCUAAAAAGGCUGCUCAACACGUUUCAUCAAAAUCUCAGGUUGCAAUAUUUGUGGUUGUAGCAAUGGUAUUGCGAAGGAAACCUGAUGUCUUAAUUAGUUUAUUGCCCACAUUACGGGAAAAUUCGAAGUAUCAAGGACAAGAUAAGCUUCCACUCAUCGUAUGGAUAAUACUCCAGGCCUGUCAAGGAGAUUUGGCUGUAGGGUUAUAUGGAUGGUCGCGUAACCUGUUGCCUUUAGUCAGUGGCAAAAGUAGUAAUCCACAGUCCAGGGAUCUGGUUUUACAGCUCGCAGAGAGGAUCUUGGCUUCCCCAAAAGCUCGAACUAUUUUGGUAAAUGGUGCUGUCAGAAAGGGGGAGCGUUUGAUUCCACCUUCUGCAUUUGAGAUAUUAGUGAGAGCUACAUUUCCAACUUCUUCGGCUAGAGUAAAGGCAACUGAAAGAUUUGAGGCCGUAUAUCCCACCCUAAAAGAGGUAGCUCUUGCUGGCUCCCCUGGAAGCAAAGCAAUGAAACAAGUUGCACAGCAGAUACUAAACUUUGCAAUUAUAGCAGCUGGAGAAAGCACACCUGAAUUGGCCAAUGAAGCAUCUGGGAUUUUCAUCUGGUGCUUGACCCAAACUGCUGAAUGUUACAAGCAGUGGGACAAGGCUUAUCAAGAGAAUCUGAAAGCAAGUGUAGCUGUCCUGAAAAAGCUCUCUGACCAAUGGAAACAGGUGUCUGUGAAACUGUUCCCUCUUGUUGCCUUGAGGGAAACUUUAAAGAAUUUCAAGAACCAGAACGAGAAGGCACUAGCUAGCGGGGCUGAUGGUGCUGAACAAGCACUCUUCAAGGAAGCAAACAAGUAUUGCAAGCAGCUAUUGGGAAAGGUAUCUAGUGGCAAUGGGUGUGUGAAAAGCAUGGUCAUUGUUGUUCUUCUUGUGGCUGUGGGCGCUGCUGUCAUGUCCCCGGACAUGGAAUCUUGGGACUUGAAGAAACUGUCAUUAGUGUUCAACAACUUUCUAUCGCAUUGAGUUGAAUAAUACACCCGAAAUUGCAGUCGGUGGUUCAAAGCAUCAGUUUCUUUGUCUAACAGUAUCCAAAGCAUGGGCAAAGUAAUUACUCGCCCCCUUAAUCAGGUGGCAGAAAUGAGAGGUUCAUGUACACUUUUACGAGUCCCCAGUGGGAUAAGAAACUAGAAAUAGUAUAAAAGGUUUAAUACUGCUUGGAAACUUUGAGAUGGUUUGUGCCAUUAGGACCUUUGGUUCUUCUGUUCUUUUUUUGACAUUUUUUUUUCUCUUUUUCUUUGGAACCCUUUUACGCUAUUCACCUCUGACAUAUAUAGUUCCCACAAAAUCAGAUGAGAUGAAUACACUUGUAGCAUGGGAUUGGUAUAUUUAAAUUCAAAGGUAAUCUUUCGACAA